AGCGCCAUCCAACCAUUCUGCAUCACCAACAGUCAUCAUAACAGUAAUCAAUAACUGCAGGAACAGACUAAAGAGCUAUUCCACCAGUUCUUUUUUUUUUUUUAGAAAGAUCUAACAGGGUGAAGCUUGAUUUUUUCAGUGCUUCAUCUCACACCACUGGAUCUGUACCUCCUGCAGCAGAGACACAAUGACCAUCUGCCUGCAGCUUCCCAUGGACUAGGACCAGGUAGGAGCUCACUGAGACCGCACCCUGCCCUCAGCUGUUCUUAAACUCUUAUCUGCGUUUUAACCAACUCAUGGCCACCAGUCCCAGCGCCGCCCAGCCAACCAGUGUCAUGGAGGAGUCCCAGCAGCCCGAUCAGCCAGUCAGCAUGCAGCAGGACGGAGAGGCCGUGACCUCUCAACCGACCAGUGCAGAGCAUCAAGCCCCGCCCCUGACGUCACAUGCCCCUGAGGUCAAACAAACGGAGGACAUGGAGCAUUUGACAGUAAUAACUGAGAACACGGAGGCCAGUAAUGGCAUUGCUCCUGUCAUGGUGGACACAUCUCCCACAGUGUCCUCUGUGUCGCCCAAACUUCAUGCUAAGCCUGGUGGCCAUGCUAAUGGCCGGCCUGGUUUGGGCAGCCGGUCCGGCUCGUUGGCGGCGGGCUCUCCCAGGCCCUCGCUCACCCGCCAGCCCAGUGCCAUCACAGAGGCCACUGUGGAUGGAUCCAAGCCGAGGGACUACCUGAUCCUGGCCAUCCUGUCCUGCUUCUGUCCGCUGUGGCCAAUCAACAUUGUAGCCCUUACUUUCUCUGUGAUGUCCCGAAACAGUCUGCAGCAGGGCAACCUGGAUGGAGCUCGCCGUUUGGGCCGUAAUGCCAUGGUUCUGUCCAUCGUCUCCAUCUUAGGAGGAAUAGCCAUCAUCGCUGCAGCCAUCGCCCUUAACUGGGGAUUGAUAUUAAAACCCUGAUUAAAAUAAUCUGGAACAGCGACACCGACUUCACAACCAACACGACACCGUUCUUUCUCCGACUUCCUGAAGCACUAUUGUUCUCAAGCGCCUGCACCGGAUGAAAAACAAAAAUCUGUUCCUGUUCUUUGCUGUUGUUUCUUGCUGCACGACGAGCAUGGUCCGCCUGACGCUCUACCUCGGACACAACCAACACUCCCCGACACGACGUCCAAUUUUGGAUUUUGAUUAUUAGGAGAAAAGAAUGGAUCACACAGUGUUCAUUUCAUUCUGUGGUAACAGCUUAUCUCCUCGUCAGACCACAUUCUCCCAUCGAUGAACAAGGGUUGUCAUGGAAAUGCACAUCUGUCUUGAUGGAAAUGGGAUUAUUGCGACCUUGAAAUGAGUCUCUAUGCGACUGGUUCAGUGAUGGUGCAAACUUUGCACUUUUUGAUGCCAAAUAAUUCGAGACUUGGUGUUUAGCUGAACUGAAAGUGGGAAAUGUUGCUGCUGAUAUCAACAUGAACAUGUGGGCAAACUGUCUUUGUACUAUGAAAGUGACUUAUGUUUCAUCAACCAGCUGCUCUUUGUGGGUGUCUUUGGUGAACAAACACGAAGAUGGACAUGCUGCUGCUGCAUGGCGAUCAUAGCUCAAGUCCUGAUGUCACAUCCUGUCUGUUCCACCAGCUUCUGUAACUUAUUUUGCAUUUCUCUCUGACAAAUGAAGCCUGAAGCUUACUUUUCAUACUCUCGGACAGUUUGUGAGCUGUAACCAUCUCUAGCCCGCAAACAUCUUGGGUUUAUAGAAAAUGGUCAUAAAAGGCUGCUCAAAUAACACUGAUAUUGAAUUAAUGACAUUAGCGUGAGAAAGACUCAGUUCCAAGAUUCUUAAUCUUAGAAUUGUUACAAAUGUUAAUGGGAUUUUGAAUGGGGUUUCUCCACAGCUCUCUACAUAUAGCUCUUCAGUCUGUCAGGCUGGAUUGUCAUCACUCCUCUCUCAACUAUCAUUACAUUAGAUGAAGACUAUAGAAAUGAAGCUCAGCUGUGGUUGUUGGGAUGUCAAAGUCCGGCUCAUGGCCUUGUAAAUGCGUCUUUCUGGUUUAAAUAUAUUUAAUUAUUCUCUGUGACCACAGUAGGCGCAGCAUUUCCCAUUUAAUGGAUGUAAAGUGACGGGUAGUUAGUAUCUGAGGUCUUCCAUCAUAAGCUGCAGAAAAUCCAGCGUAUUUUCAUAAUAUACUUAUAUGAAGUUUACUUAUGGCACUUUUACAGUAUGAACACACUACAACACCAGCGGUAGUAGGUUUAAUAUCCAUCAUUAUUAUUAUAAAUACUUACUAUCAAUCUGAAAAAACAAACAAAAAAAAACACUUAUAUGAAGCCCUGUUCUGUGAUGAGGCAACACAGUUUUUGUGCUUUAUUUUGGAAUUUGGUCAAUUAAACCUUUGAA